CUACAACGACAAGUCUUCCGUAGCUUCCAGAGUUCCGGUCGGAAUAAUCCUAAUCGACGCCGACCCUCGAACUCAUCCAUCGAGUGACCAUGACAAGAUCAUCAUCAUGGCACCGAAUGUCAAACUUCCUUCGAAAGUAUCGCAAGAUCCCUCACUCCUCCUUCCAAACGAAAUGGAACGAAACCCUCAAGCACAAACACGCAAUGGAACAACUAAGAACCACUCUCGUCUCAAAUCCAACCUCGAGCUCGAACGUUAGCGUUAUACAAACACUCACAAACUCAUUCCACACCCUCAACUGCGAACCCACUCCACAAGCUUACAGACUCGUCAUCAAAACCCUAGCCAAAGCCUCCAACCUCGAGAGCAUCGUCUCUGUUCUCAACCACCUCGAAACUUCCGAGAAGUUCGAAACGCCAGAACCCGUAUUCAAAGACGUCAUCUUUGCUUACGGGCUCUCCGGAAAGACCGAAGAAGCGAUCGAUGUCUUCUUCAGAAUCCCCAAGUUCAGGUGCGCGCCUUCUGCUUACACGCUAAACGCUCUUCUCUCGGUUCUCGUUAGAAGGAGAGAGGGUCUUGUGAUGGUGCCUGAGGUUUUGGUGAGAGCUAGUGGAAUGGGAGUGAGGUUAGAGGAAUCUACUUUCGAGAUUUUGGUUGAUGCUUUGUGUAGGAUCGGUGAGGUGGAUUGUGCUGGUGAGUUAGUGAAGUACAUGAGUGACGAAAGCUAUAUCGUUGAUCCGAGUUUAUACUCUAAGCUGCUGAGUUCUGUUUGUAAACACAAGGACUCUAAAUGUUUCGACGCCAUUGGAUAUGUCGAAGAGCUCAGAAAGAUUCGGUUUUCGCCGGAUUUGCGCGAUUACACAGUUGUAAUGAGGUUCUUGGUGGAAGGAGGGAAGGGGAAAGAGGUUGUGAGUGUGCUGAACCAGAUGAAAUGCGAUCGAAUAGAGCCUGAUCUCGUUUGCUACACGAUUAUACUGCAAGGCGUUAUAGCGGACGAGGAUUACUCGAGAGCAGACAAGUUGUUUGAUGAGCUGCUCUUGUUGGGUUUGACUCCUGAUGUUUAUACUUACAAUGUGUAUAUCAAUGGUUUAUGCAAGCAGAAUGAUAUCGACGGCGCGGUUAAGAUGAUGUCUUGUAUGGAGAAGCUGGGUUGUGAGGCUAAUGUGGUUACGUACAAUAUAUUGAUAAAGGGGUUGGUUAAGGCCGGGGAUGUGAGUCGAGUGAAAAGUGUUUGGGAAGAGAUGGAGAGGAAUGGGGUUGAUAGGAACAGUCACACGUAUGAUAUUAUGGUUAGUGGGUUUAUUGAAGUAGACGAUGUUGGUUAUGCUCAGGGUUUAUUGGAGGAAGCUUUUAGCAGGAACUUGGUUGUUAAGAGAUCGAGAACAGAGGAAGUUAUUUGUAGGUUGUGUGAUAAAGGUUUGAUGGAUGAAGCAGUGGAACUUUUGCCACACCUUGUUUAAGGGCUCUUUAUAGAUGUAGACUAACUCUAUUAUACCUGCAAUUUUUCUUAUGUAUUUGGUCUUGUGGAUGAUAGCUAGAAUUUGAUAGAAGAGAUCAGGACUUUAUGUUAUCUUCAAAUAUUUAAUAC